AUGGUCGAGGACAGCCCUCUUUCCAAGUACAAUGUCAGCAACAAGCUAUACAAACAAUCUCUUCUCAAUGCUGUGUGCUUAGUUGCUGGUGUCUCCAUCUUCUUUUUUGGCUAUGACCAGGGUCUAAUGGGUGGCGUGAACACCAACCGCAACUAUGCUGAAUUGAUGGGGUUUGGCUAUUACGACGAGCAACAAGGCGAUGUCGUCGUCACCAAGCCUAUGCUUCAAGGGAGCAUUAUCGCGGUUUACUACCUGCCCGGUACACUUUGUGGCUGCCUUCUAGGCGGUUGGUUCGGUGAUCGGUAUGGCCGGAUUGCCACGAUUGGGUUGGGCGCAAUUUGGUCAAUUAUCGGGGCAUGUUUGCAAUGUUCGGCUCAAGAUGCGACCUGGAUGUAUUGUGCUCGCGUCUUCAACGGCAUAGGCACUGGCAUACUAAAUGCUAUCACACCUGUUUGGGCUACGGAAACAUCAGGCCACACCUCCCGCGGCAAAUUUAUCUCGUUGGAGUUCACUCUCAAUAUCUUUGGAGUGGUCGCUGCUUAUUGGAUCGAAUUUGGAACUUCAAAGUACUCUGACCCCCUGUCGUCAUUCAUCUGGAGGUUCCCUGUCGCCUUCCAGAUCGUGCCCCUUAUCGUACUAGCUGUUGUCGUCUGGUUCAUGCCCGAGUCCCCGCGAUGGCUCGUUAAGGUUGGUCGCAAUGACGAAGCCCGCUUCAUCCUGGAACGUCUGCGUGGCAAAGAUGGUGAUGAUGGGGAACUGGCUACAUUUGAGUUCCAGGAUAUUGUCAACAUCAACAAGUUGGAAACACAGGAGUCCAAGCAACAGAGUUAUUUCCGCAUGUUCUUCGGCAUUGGGUCGGGAAAACUUCACAUCGGUCGCCGCGUACAGCUGGUUAUCUGGCUGCAGAUCCUGCAGGAGUGGAUUGGCAUUGCGGGUAUCACAAUCUACGGUCCCACGAUUUUCAAGCUUGCUGGGAUCUCUGCCGACGACCGUCUUUGGGUGACUGGCCUCAAUGAUAUCACGUACAUGAUUGCGACAUUGAUUUGCGUCUUCACCAUUGACCGUAUCGGUCGACGCUGGACACUAUAUUGGGGUGCGGUCGGACAGGGAAUUUGCAUGUUCGUUGCGGGUGGCCUUGCCCGAGCUACCAUUGAAGCCAGUCCCGGUUCCCGCGGUGGUAUCGGCGGUGCGGCCACAUUCUUUGUUUUCCUCUACACCAUGAUCUUCGGUGCCACCUGGUUGACCGUUCCUUGGUUGUACCCUGCCGAGAUUUUCCCGCUUCAAGUCCGUGCUCGUGGUAACGCGUGGGGGGUGGUAGGAUGGUCAAUCGGUAAUGGUUGGACUGUACUCCUUCUUCCGACAAUCUUCGAAAAGCUCAAUGAAAAAACCUUAUACAUCUUCGGUGGGGUUAACUUCUUGAGCAUCGUCAUUGUGUGGGCACUUUAUCCAGAGUCUAACCAGAGGACAUUGGAGGAAAUGGAUUUAGUCUUUGCCAGCGAGAGCAUCUGGAACUGGGAGGCUGAAAAGACAUUUGCCAAAUUGAAAGCAGAACUACCCGAACUGACCCAAGCAGAUAGACGCCAGAGCUGUGUCGUUGAUGCCGAGAAGGGCUCCUUGCGGUCUCUGAGACCCGACCAUACUUUGAGCGGCGAUCGUCCUUGCUUGACGAGUCACGAUGAUACUAAGCGGAUGGCCGACGCAUGCGAACAGUCUCACGUUGAACAUCCAUAA